AUCAACUCUCUUCUAGUCAAAACACCAAACCAUACUCUCCUCUUUCUCUUCUUUUUUCUACUUCCCCUUUCACUAAAAUUUUAAGAGUGUAUAUAAUAUACUCGUCACCUCACUCCUCCGUAACCGUCUCCCUCCACCACCACUCUUCCUCAAUUCUACUUCUUUCCAGUUGUAGCUUGAAGUACAACUAUCGCAAACUUCCUCCUCUGCUCGCUUGAUUUCUCAAAUCUGCUUCAGGAAUGGGGGAUACAAAUGAAGAACCAUCAAGCAAUGCUGCAAAGGUAUUACACAUGAAAUCAACUGUAAAACAAUUGCAAGCUAUUACCUCGGUGGAACUUAAUAAAUUAUUGAGGGAAUCAGAAGGUUUUACUAUAAACCUUCUUACCGAACAUGGAUCAUUGCUGAAGGUUGACAUGGAAAAGCUUGCAGGAUCUCUUCCAAUGCACCUUGCGUCAGUUCUGAUAUCGUCCAAUAGAGAUGAGGCCAUGUUCAAAUACGUGUUAUGUGGUGUUCGACUAUUGCAUGCCUUGUGUGAUUUAUCCUCUCGAAAUUCUAAGUUUGAGCAGAUUUUUCUAGAUGAUGUAAAAGUGGUGACGCAGAUGAUUGAAAUGGUUUUCUUCAUGCUAACUGUUCUUGCUGGUUACAGACAGGAAGGCCAUGCUUUUAGUCAUGAGCACCUUUUGCAUUCAACUCUUGUAGCAUGCAAUUUAUAUCUGUUAACAGGGUUUAUUUCAACACAAUGGAGAGAUAUUGCACAGGUGUUGCUUGCUCACCCCAAGGUUGACAUAUUCAUGGAUGCAGCUUUUGGAUCAGUUCGUGUGGUUGUUAGGUGUCUUGAGACUACACUUGUAGCUUAUAAUGAAGAUAUUUCCAUGGAAUCAAAUCUGACAGCAGAAAGAGUAGUUUUUUAUCUCUGCCAGCAGUGUGAAGCUUCUUUACAGCUUCUUCGGUCAUUAUGUCAGCAAAAAUUGUUUAAGGAGCAACUUCUUAGGAAUAAGGAAUUAUGCGGAAAGGGGGGUAUUCUUCUUCUUGCUCAAUCCAUCUUGAAGUUACACAUUCAACCAUAUACAUCGAAUAGAAUCGCAGCAGCUAUUUCUAGGCUAAAAGCUAAAAUACUUUCAAUUUUGCUGAGUUUGUGUGAAGCAGAAAGCAUUUCUUAUCUUGAUGAAGUAGCCAGCACAGCAAGGAGUUUAGAUUUGUCUAAAUCUGUUGCAUUAGAGGUUUUUGACUUGUUGAAGAAAGCUUUUGGAAGAAAUCCCGGGCAUCUCGCUGCUGACAGAAGUCACCCAAUGGGAUUGGUACAGCUCAAUGCAAUGCGUCUAGCUGACAUUUUCUCCGAUGAUUCAAAUUUUCGAUCUUACAUGAUACUUUGUUUUACUGAAGUUCUGACUGCUAUAAUUUCACUCUCCCAUGGAGAUUUUUUAUCCUGUUGGUGCUCAUCAAACCUCUCAGAGACAGAGGAGGACGCAAGUAUUGAAUAUGAUAUAUCUGCUGCAGUUGGAUGGGUUUUGCAUAAUACUUCACCGGAUGUGAAGGAUGCCACAAAUUUGGAAUUCAACCUAACCCCAAGUAGCAUGCUUAAAGCUUCUUACGCACACCAUAGGACAUCAUUAUUUGUCAAGUUCUUUGCAAAUCUUCAUUGUUUUGUUCCCAAUGUUUGUGAAGAGCAAGAAAGGAACCUUUUCGUCCGCAAGGUCAUCGAGUGCUUGCAAAUGGAUCUAUCUAACUUACUGCCUGGGUUUUCUUUUGAUACUGAUGCUCCUAAAGUUUCCAUUGCUAGCAAGAACCUCCGCUCAUUGUUAAGUCAUGCAGAAUCUCUGAUUCCGAACUUCUUAAAUGUGGAGGAUGUACAACUUUUAAGGGUGUUUUUUGGCGAAUUACAAUCACUAUUUACAUCAAAUGGAUUUGGGAGAAAUCGUGUUCAAAAAACUCAGGAUGGCAAAUGUGAGGAGUCGUCUUGGGAUAAGUUUUCUAAACUCAACAUCAAUGAGUGUUAUCAGGGGGCUCAAAGUGCUGGGGGACGCCCAUUACCUUUAACCAGUAAAGAACAAGCUGAUCUUAAUAAGAAGGGUGGUAAAGUCGAAGGUAUGUCGGAGAAUUCUGCAAAUCCAAACUUGGAACAACGUAACACCACAGCUGAAGACACAAUUCAAGGCAAUGGCCCAAGUCGGCAAAGUCAGGUAGAAAAUAAAGGCAUAUCUGGUAAAACAGCAUCAGGAGGAGCAAGAGAUAUUGACAAGGAUGCUCAUAAAAUUGAAACAAGUUGCUCAGAUGCCAGUUCUGCAAAAGGAAAGAAUGUUGUUGUUCAUGUGGAUAACGGUGAGCUUUCAAAAUCAAAUGAGCGUCUUAAAAGAGUUGGUGUUGAAGAAAAUCCAGAAGAUGAAAAGAUUGAGCUCGCACAGAGGAAAAAACGAAAACGGACCAUAAUGAAUGCAGAACAGGUGACAAUGAUAGAGAAUGCACUCUUAGAUGAACCUGAUAUGCAGCGGAAUGCAGCUUUACUUCAAUCAUGGGCUGAUAAAUUAAGUUCAGAUGGUCCUGAGGUUACGUCUUCGCAGCUUAAAAAUUGGUUGAACAAUCGAAAAGCUAGGCUAGCUCGUACAGCAGCUAAGGAUGUUCGGCCAGCAGCAGCUGAUGUCGACAAUCAAGUCUCAGACAGGCAGAGAGGGCCAACAAUUGGGUCCCAUGGCUCACCUGUCAGUGCAGGUCAAUAUGUUGUGCUUGUUGGUGUGCAAGGAGAGGAGAUUGGGAAAGGAACGGUGUUUCAGACGCAGGAUAAGUGGUUUGGGAAGAACUUGGAGGAAUCAGCAACAUGUGUUGUGGAUGUUUGUGAGCUCAGGGUUGAUAAAGGGUUGCGACUACCCUACUCGUCAGAAGCCAUUGGCACAACAUUUGCAGAUGCUCAAACAAAGUUUGGUAUCAUGAGAAUAGUAUGGGAUUUGAACAAAGUAUUAGUGUUGCGGACAGACUGAGUUCGUGAUGCUUCGGUGGCUGCAGCUGUUCCUUUGCUACUUGCUGUAACUUGUAAUUAUCAAUCUUCCUUGCGGUUCCAAAUCCCUAUGUUCAUGUGUAUUAUAUUUCUAUAGACAUCAGCUGAGACGAACAAAUUUACCAAGUAGAAAGAAUCAUGACCAUUAGAGAAGGGACUUGUAGAAAGCAGAAGAAGACAGUUAUGGACAAAGGAAGGGUGAUUCAGCAACGAUAGUAUAGGAUAUAAACAAGAGCAAUAGCCGGUUACAAAAAUGUUCAGUAGGGUCUUAUUUUAUACAUGUCUCAUUUUAUGUUGAAAGUGAUAAUUUCAAAAACAUUCCAAUUUCAAGAUAUUUUGUAUUUUUAUUUUAGGCAGUGAGUUGCCAUGGAUGUGUAUGUGAAUUUUUAAAUGUUGGUCUACCAUGAACAUGAACUACCUAUUAAAGUAAACUAUGGUAGAAUUUGUCGUUUGGAUAUGCAAAUUAAUAGGUGAUUUUUGGGAAAUUUUUA